GCCUUCACCGAACGCACACGUCCUCCUUUGGACACUUGAGUCAGUGUCGACACGGAAAACUUCAACUACACAUGUAGGUAUCUCUGACCUCCUAUUCCGUGACUUGCGCAACGACGGCCUUUAUGGCAAGAUCAUUACAUCUCUUGGCGCCAGCAAUCACGCAAUUCACCCCACUUCCCAGCCUGACGCGUCACCGUACGGACUCUCAUGUUCAAUGUGUCCUUGCUCGACAACACCAGAGGCCACUCUUUAGGGUGUUUUGCACUUCUUUUUUGACUGGUUCCGCUAUUUCUUAUCUUCACUAUUUGACAUAACCAACCUCGGUGUCAUUGGGAGGACACAGGAGCGACGAUGCUCAUUAAAGCGCCAGCGGUGCCUUCUCACGACGGACCUCCUAGCGACGCUGAGAUCUCCCCGCAGCGAUGGGCUUAUGGGACCAUUGAAGGUGACAGUGUCGAGAUAAAGUCACGUACGAAGAGCGGACGACAUGGUCACUCCAGACUGCUUGCUUUCGGAAGCCUGCUUCUAGUAUCGGUGUUCAUCUGGUAUGGCUUUGUCUCACAACGUGGAUCCUGGCAACCUUUGUUGCCAUCUGUGCCAGCAGAGCACCAAUUACACAUCUCGCCAAUAUUGCCGCCAUCGUAUCCGCUUGCUGUGCGAUCGCCGUACCUCUCAGCUUGGCUCCCGAGCUCACACCUCUCAUCAAUGCCCACUUCUCAUGCGGAGUUUUGGCAAGGAGCUCCCUUGGGCUGGUCAGUCGCUGUACGCGUCAAUGGUACUGCUUACAGUCUCUUUGGGAACCCAGGAAUAGGCAGACCAGCCGUGCUGAACAAUGCUGAGUAUACCGUUACUCAUUCGAUCUUCAAUUUCUCUGCCGGCCUUGCGAUGGUGUCCUUGGACUUUUUCUCCCCGGUAUCGCCUCACAAUCUUCUCCGGCAAUCUCUGCCCUUUUCCUAUCUUACAGUCUCUGUGACCCUCCCCAGCUCGGGGCAGAUCCAAGUCUACAGCGAUAUUGAUGCAGCCUGGACUGGUCCAGAGUCUGCACAGUAUUCCUACUUUGCUUCAGCCAAGGACACGGAAUACUUUGAGGUCUCUCCUGUAUGGCCAAAGCCUUUCCGAGAGGAGAGAGAUAGGCCUUUGUGGGGUCAGGCAGUCUAUGGGACUCGUCCAGAAGGCAACGCAACCUUGACCUCGCAGGUUGGAGAAGCUUCUCUGGUGCGCAACCGCUUCGCGAACCAUGGGAACUUGAAUCGAGUACAUGAUGUGUGGAAGGACCACGGCAGCGUCCUAGGCUUUUCUCACGACCUAGGUACGAUCCAAGAGCCCACGUCCGUCACAUUUGCAAUCGGGCAUCACAGGGUUGAGUCGAUCAACUACGUGGGUCAGGUUAGAACGGGAUAUUACCGUGCGACUUACCCAGACGUAGCAUCCGCUCUGGUCCACUUCUUGGACGAUUACGACGAUGCUUAUGCAGAAGCUGCUGAGAUGGACAGUGACAUCGUCGACAAGGCAGCGAACAUCUCCCAACAUUACGCAGACAUCAUCGCUCUCUCCGUCCGACAAUCUUUCGGCGCCGUGGAAAUCACGAUUCCUGAAAGCGACCACGACGUGACGGAUACCAUGGCCUUUAUUAAAGAAAUUUCCAGUGAUGGAAAUGUCAACACACUGGACAUAAUCUUUCCCACAUUCCCCAUCUACUAUGUGACGAACCCCGAUUUCAUCAAGUUCCAGCUCGAACCGAUAUUGCGUUAUCUUCAGGCUGGGAGAUGGCCGCACGAAUGGGCUAUUCAUGACAUUGGCGCCAGCUAUCCCGUUGCUGAUGGCCACGACAGGGGAGACGCAGAGCAAAUGCCGCUGGAGGAAUCGGGAAACAUUCUUCUACUCGUCUACGCCUACCAAGUGGCCUCCGGUAAUACCACCUGGGCCAAGCAAUACCAGCAUAUCCUCAAAGGCUACGCUACCUAUCUGUCUGAGCACGGGUGGUAUCCAGAGUUUCAACUCGCAUCGAGUGACGCGGCUGGCCCGGCUGUGAACCAGACGAACUUGGCGAUCAAGUCCGCCGUCGGCAUGGUAGCAUACGGGAAGUUGUUUUCGGACGACUUCUUCGUUGCGAACGGGACGGCCUUGGCAGAAGCGAUCUACGGCUCCGGUCUAGGUACCGACGCCAACAAGAGCCACUUCGUGCUGUCCUACAACGACGAUGACACCUGGUCGGGUUGCUACAACAUGUUCUCGGACAAGUUGUUCGGCUUCAACCUUUUCCCAAAAGCAGCGUACGAGAUGCAGUCAGCUUGGCUGCGGAGGGAAGCCCGCCUCGACGCCGGCGUACCGCUCGACAGUCGCGUCACCUGGAGCAAGUCUGACUGGAACAUGUUUCUAGCUUCCAUCUCAAGCCAUGACGUUGCUGGCCAGUACAUUGAUGAUUUGCAUGCCUAUGCCUCGAACGGUCUGAAUGCCGUACCAUUCAGCGACCGGUACUGGGUGGACGGAAGUGCUACGGGCCACUUCUUCGAUAUUCGCAAUCGACCAACUGUUGGUGGACAUUUUGCCCCAGUGGCCAUGUUGCACGGUCCUAAGUUGUUUUGAAGCAUCUGAAUGCGACGGACCGUGAUUCGGUUUGCAUGGUAUGGAAGCGCGCCCUUCACAGGUCAAAGACUCCCUUUUGCUCAU